CUGCCCUUAAUUAGGGAGAGUUUGACAUGUCAGUGCUCCACCACUGCCAGUGUGUCAGUGCCUGUAUAUAAAUACAGGCGACUGAGGUCACUUGGCCUCAGCCUGCUUGCCGCUUUGCUUCCUCCCAUUCCAUACUCCUGCUCGAUCCAGCUACUUCACAUUAGGCAGGAGGACAAUACUUUAAAAAAAAACACAUUCAGCAGGAGAUCGAUGAAGAUGAGGGCUCCUGCCGUGGCCUUUGCUGCUCUUCUCAUGCUGCUGGUGGUGGCUACAAGAGCACAUGGAAUCAGGCUGGACAGGCAGUUACAUGAUGCAAUCAACAGCAGCAAGGAGAUGGCCGAUCCCAGGAGGACCGGCGAUGCCGAAGCGUCGUCCAUUGCUGCUGGCGACUCGGUGAAGGAGCACUGCACUCGCGACGGGCGUUGCUCAGGAACGAAGGCGGAAAAGGCACUGGCGCACGCUGAAGCAGCAGCGGAAGCGAAGCAGCAGCAGGGCGACUCGACGGGAAACGAUCACCGCGGCACAACGGUGGGCGGCGAGGCCGCCACGCAGCAAGGGCGGCGUCACGAAGAGGAGGCGGCGGCGGCGCCCACGGAUUCUUAUUCGUCUUCUUCCCCGGAGGCGCCGGGCGUGGCGGCCCGGCAGCGGCAGACGUACCCGGACAUCAUGGACAUCGCCGGCAUGGACUACUCGCCCGCCGCGCGAAAGCCUCCCAUCCACAACUGAAGGCCGGCCGGGCUUGGUGGUGGCGCACGUGAGUGGUGCACGCAGCACAAGUACUAGCUAGAGCUAGAGCUAGUAGCUAGCUCUAUACAGGCCUAUGAAGCUGGUGGUGCUUGCGAUCGACUGGACUGGCCUAUUAGCUUUCCUUGUUUGUUUGUUCAUUAGGUUAGUUGCUAUUAGCUAGCUGUCGUAGUAGCAGGUAGCUAGCGAGCGAGUGCUCGACCCGGUCAGUCCUGCUAGCUGAUCCUGAAUAGAAUAGCGCGCGCGUACAGUCAUCUAUAGCUAGUGACCCAUCGAUACCGGACAGCAUCGAUCGCAGGAUUUUGUGACGACUUCUAUAUACUGGUAGUACAAAAGCUUCCCUUGGCGUGUUUUCCA